GAAUAACUUUAAGAUUAAAAAUUGAAAAAAUUAUUGUAAUAACAAUGCCGGCAUAUCAUUCUUCAUUUAUAAAUAAUACAGAACACCAAAUAGCAGGAUUUGCUAUUCUUCCUUUAAAAACGAAAUUUAGAGGACCUUCACAAACAGUAAAUGAUUUAUCCGUUCAAGAUAUCGUUGAUGAAUGUAUUGAACUUUUUCGUGCAAAUUGCUUCUUUAAGAAUUUUGAAAUCAAAGGAUCAGCAGAUCGUACAUUAAUAUAUGGUAUUCUUUUUAUUUCAGAUUGUCUAAAUAAACUUUCACGUGCAAAUUGUAAUAAAAAUGAUUCAAUUAAAUUACUUAAUGCAUUUGCUCUUGAGAAUUUUACCGUCCCUGGAGAUGCAGGAUUUCCAUUUAAUUCAUUAUAUCCAGCUCCUUCAAAUCAAUCUGAUUCAGACUUUUUAAGACAAUAUAUUACUCAAUUUCGCCAAGAAUUAGCUCUGAGACUUAUAAAUCAUGUUUAUGCUAAUUCUGAUAGUAAACCAAACAAAUGGUGGUUAUGUUUUAGUAAAAGAAAAUUUAUGAACAAAACCCUAUCUUAAUUAUAUUACAGAAAACUUACUAAAGGAAUAUGCUAAUAUAAUUA